ACACACCGUGACAUCAUCGAUCCCAUGCUGACAUCGUGAAWRCCGACCAACAUGUCAGUUUCAUGGCCGUACAGUYAUGUUGUAUCCGUUCUUCUUUUCUUUUCUUUUUURUCCAYAAUUCAUUCAUUUAAAUAUUGUAAGAAAGUUGACAGCGCCAAGUUUGAUACUGACCAAGGAGAAGUUAAUCUUUGGCCUCUUGCACUUAAUAAUGGUCAACCGAAGUUUAAAGAUAUUCCAGACACAAAGCUUACAAGUCAGUUUUACAGCUUUAAUCCUGGAAACUCGUGGUCUGAUACUAGACGGGACAAAGGCGACUUGAAUACAUGUGAAAAUAUAGCUGUUUGUAUGAGAUAUGGAAGCCCUACUCAACCAAGCUCUAAUGUUUAUGCCAACAUUGGUACACAGGCCAGCGUGGAGUACGUUCACGAUGCUUCAUCYGGUUCAUGUGUGAUGACUUUUAAAGGACAAUACUUAACCACCUCAACUAAAUCAUUAAUUACUGUGUCAUGUGACCAAGAUACAGAAGGGAAACUCGACGAUUUCGUAUCAGAUGAAAAAUCUGAAUCUUGGACUUAUACGUCUACACUUCAUACAAAGUAUGCCUGUACAUCAAGYGGUCUAAGCAUCGGCACCAUACUCUGUAUCACAUUUGCAUCCAUUCUUAUUGUAUACCUAAUAGUAGGCAUGUUGGUGAUGAAGUUUGCUAAGGGAGCCAGCGGUAAAGACGUCUUACCUAACGUGGGUUUUUGGUCGGAUUUUCCAUUUCUUGUUAAGGAUGGUAUCGUUUUUUGUUUUAACACAUGCAAGAAUAAGGUAUCUGGAGGAAAGGACUAUGCUUCCAUAUAAUACUUUUAAUCUGCUGUGUAUUACCGUGUUUCGUCACACCUUGAAAGUAAAUGUUCAAUSUGCAUUUCAAACUGGCUUGUUUAGUUUCUAUGGUAACCAAAUAUCAAUCUAGAAAAGUAAAUACAUCUAUAGUGUGGUUUGUGAAGUUUUAUCAACGAUCAGCACUGGACCAAGAACUUUAUUUAUGAUCAGAUAAUACCUCAAGAACUGUAGAUUUUAGGAUUAAAAUAAUGGCAGCCUAAGUAA